GGUGAGAGCGCAUGUUUCGUAUCUUCCAAGGAGUUUUUGCUGUUCCGUUUCACUUCGAACUACAGCAGUACUCUAUACAGGUUCACCUUACCUUAUAAGCCCAAGUGUCACUCACGCAUAAUUGACCCUGCAACUGAACUUCUAGUUGAUACUCGAGGAACUUGAGCACCAAGAGCAACCAGAAAGGAGAUGGCAGAUCAAAAGUCACAGCCGGCGCCGGCCCAGUUCACCCCUCGCUUCCGCACCGAUAUCUAUCCCUUCAUCCUGCCAGAAAAGUUUAGGGGCUCCCUGAGGGGCAAGGUUGCUAUUAUCACCGGCGCCGCAGGAGCUAUCGGGCAGAGCCUUGCCGAGUCGUUUGCCGUGGCCGGGGCAAAGCUCAUUUUGACUUAUAACAAUACACCUCCCCCUCCGGAGCUCAGAGAGCGGUGUCUCCGGUUCGGGGCCGGAGGCGUUGAGUUUGCGAAGUGCAAUGUCGCCGAGUUGGAGCAGUGUGAGGCGCUUGUCAGACAGGCACUGGAUACGCAUGGCAAGGUCGAUAUUGUCGUGAAUAAUGCUGGUGCUAACGGGUUGGGACCGAUCGACGCUCAAAACCCGCGUGACUUCAUCCGCGACAUCGCCGUGAACUUCCACGGUCCUUACUACCUGAUGCGGUUGCUCAUCCCACACUUUCGGGACCAGCGCAGCGGGUGCGUACUCAACAUUGCUUCGCGCGCGGGGACUGUCGCCAUCCCCUACAGCACGAGCUACUGCGCGAGCAAGGCAGCGCUGAUCAACCUGACGGCGUGCACGCAAAAGGAGAUGGACGUCGAGGGAUUGGACGACGUCCACAUGUACUCGCUCCAUCCUGGCGGCAUCAAGUCAACCAUGACGCUCAAGAAAUACGCAGCAGAAUCGGUGAACAAUCUGCCCCCUCAAGCACGUGCAUGGUUUGCCAACGCGCUCGACGUCUACAAUGACUCGCCCUACCUCAACGGCAUGGUUUGCGUAGCGUUGGCGACAGGCAUAGGCAAGCGUGUUCUGAGGGGGAAGUAUUUUGACGUCGGGCAGGACCUGGAGGAUGUUCUUGCUCAGGCCGAGGCGAUCAAGGCUGAUCCAGACUUGUAUUCGCUGCAUACGAGCUUCUUGGGGGAGUUGACCAACUCCGGGGUGCCUCCGGGAGGCUACAGAGCUGAGGAACACAAGUUUGACUUCCCCGGUUUCGGGGUAGGGGGGUAGACUGUUGACGGCGUGUAAUGGAAGUAAGAUGAAGUGUGAACUGUACCCGGCUGAGGAAGCACUGCGAGGGCCGGUGAGCUGGCAUUUAGAUAGGUCCUGUGCGAUCUUGGACGCUAUGGUUUUCCGUUAGGUGUUGGAAUAUGACUCGUCCGUCGAUGCAAACAUGAUGAUAUCAUGUGUCGGAGAAUGCAACGGAUUGGAGCCAUCGACUCACAAGCUUUGAGGGAUUCAAAACUUCAGAUCUUCUUGAACUGAGUAUCUGGUGGAAUUUAGGUAUCAUUGAACUCCCGC